AAUCUUGUUUCCAAAUUAGAUAUGGUUUUAUUACUUAUUAAUUAUGUUCAUCUGUAGAAAGCGGGUGGUGCGAGUACGCUAACGUGUGCAAACUAUGUUCAACAUCUGUUAUGCAAAGAAAAAGAAGAGUAUCAUAAAUGAGAAGACAAAAGAGGCUAUGUUACAAUUACAAGAGAGAGAAGAAAAGAAUGAGGAUUCAUCAAAAGAAAAGACUAUGAAUGAUUCAUUUUCUGAAAUUAUGGGUGGGGAAAAAUAUGGAUCAAUUCGCAUGUUUAGAUUCGACGUCUGCCCAUUCGAUGUGUGGAAAGAUAAAUCAACUUGGAAAAUGAGUCAAAAUAAGUAUGUAGCUGCGCUGGAGUUAAAAGUAGAUGAUCUAGAAUCUCAACUUGAAAAUCUUCAGACUAUGUUGAACAACCAAAACAAUGGCAAUGUGAUAUCUACUGUACAGACUUUAGAUCGUGGUGACAUUACCACAUCUUCAAAUCUAGUUUAGUUUUAUUUUAUUUUGUUGAUUUUUAACUUACUAUUCUAUCAACUAUAUACUUAUUUUGUUAAUUUAUUGUAUAUAUAUGUAGGACAUAAAUGUUAGUACCUCACUUAAUAAAGAAACUAGACGUCAACUUUGGUUUUCAUCUCCCGCGUAUGAUACUCUUGUUAUUGAGGUAACUAGUACUCUUAUGUUAUCAAUUUUAUAAAAUAUUAUCUCAUUACUUUUGCAUCACAUUUAAAACUUGAACGUACACAACAAUUUUCAUCACUUUAUUCUCAAAAUAUAUAUUCUCUACAGUACUUGCUUUGUCAGUUUGUCUAUAUGUAUGUAUAUGUAUAUCUUAUAGUUAGCUUCUAUUAGCUUUGUUAAAGCAUAUAAACAGAAAAUGAUAUCAUCAUAUAGGUUGCAUGUUGCAGGGAUGCAAUGAGAUUAUUAAAGUGCACAUUUCUUUCAAUAAUGUCAAUAAUCUUCAACUCAUUACCUGAUCAUUCACUUUCAACACUACUUCUUCUCCUUUAGUUAAUAAUUAGUAUUGAUUUAUAAUUUUUUAUGCAGGUUGGGGAAGCAGUCAACAUUAAAAGUGUCACUAAUAAGCUUGAAACCAUUGUUAUUGGUAUCGUUUGCAGCAAAGAUCCAUCUAAAAAAGUUGGAGGAGAAGAACUUGGAUCUUUUUUUUUCUGAAGUUAUUGUUAAAGUUCCUAUCAAGCCUAAUGAACUAUUGAUUAAACCAUAUGGAUGUAUAAAGACAAUCUGUGAUGCUGUUGGAGCGUCCAUUGCAUGGCCAACAUCAUUUGCGGUAAGUUCAAUAUGAUUUUAGAAUAAUAGUCUACCAUUCAUUAAAUAUUACUUUAAAUGUGCAAAAGUAUUUACAUAUUUGGUAUUUUCUUGUAGAUUUCAUGUGAAGCAGAUACCCAACUUGAUGACUCAAUGCUGUGAUUUCAUUACUAUAGAAGUUGAAAUUUUUGUAAAUAUUUCCGUUUUAGUUGUUGUUAAUGUCAAUGUUUGUAGUAGAAGAUUCACAAUACUGUUCUUUGUGCUUUUUUAUUUGGUGUUGUCUUUGUUUAUAUAGUUGGUGUUUAUUAAAUAUUAA